AUGUUGAAUAUUUAUAAAUGCUUCCCCCACCUAAGAAAGUCAAUAUUUGGACUCUUAAAUAAAAUUAUGAAUCGAAAGAACAAGUUAAGCGUUUAAAUUUUGAAUUAAAUGCUAAUUUUAAAGUAUCUUAUUAACUACCAUCUUAUAUUUGAAUUCCAAAUAAGGAAAAUUAAAAAGUUUGGAGAGUAGAAUUCUUUGAUAGAAAUAGUGGAGAAGAUGCAAAAUUGGAUAAAGGAAUAAAUAUUGUUGCCAGUGUCCCUAAACUUGGACCUGUAGGAUUGUUAUAAGAAGGAUGUUUAGAUUACCCCUACAAAAGUUUUAAGCUAAGAUGUGUAGGCAAUGAAAAUGCAAUUUUAGAUAUUCAAGGGUUUCGAGAUUUGUUUAAAUUUGAAAUAGGACCUGGGUAUAUCAUUCUGCUUAAAGAAGAUCCUGUAAUCAUUUUAAUGUAAUCCUUAGGAAUUUUCUCAUUAGGCAAAUAAAAAAUUAUCAGUAAGAGCAUUGUUUUAUGAGUUAUAUAGAAGUGGUGUCAAUUUCAUUCCAGUCCAAGAAGGUUGUUAAGCAGCCAACAUAGUACAAAAAGAUGAAGCAGCAGAAGAACUUGCUUUGACAGAUUUAUCAGAACCAGUCAGAGGAUUCUUUAUUGAGUCAAGCAGAUGGAACAAUAGUGAUAAAGCCUCUUAGAUAGCGCUAAAAUAUAGGAAAAUCCUGAAUUCGAUGAAGUAAUGAUAAUUUAACAUUAGGAAUUUGCUGAAAAUUAAGAAAAAGAUUGGAAGACCAUUAAAUGGUGGUAAAAUAAAUGCGCAAUAAUUUAGGCAAGAGAUUCUUAUUCAAAAUGUAAUUAGAAUCUCUUACAUGA